CAUAUGAUCAGAAAAAAGAAAUAACACGGUCAAAAUAUAAUUAUUAUAUAUAUAGAGAGGGGGAGAGAGAGAACAACCUUUCUGUUCGACUUUUCUGCAUUGCUGAUCAGGGUCAUGAUUACAAAACGAUGAAAAUCACAACAUUAAUAUACAUUUACAAAAGAAAACAUAAAAAGCAGUCAAAAACGGAGAACUCACCUCCUUCGCACACACCCACACUCGCUCGCACACACGUACAUAAUCUUUGGGAUAGAACAGCUUGCUCAGGUAUAUUUUACAUAUAUGUGUCAAUAAACUGUAAAACAGACCAAAAAAUGCAAUAGAAAACAUGGCUUCGUCGUCGUUGUCGUCUUCUUCUACUACUACUUCCAAAUCCCCACCCUCUCCUCCUCAACCACCCCACCACAAUACCCAUUUCACUCCUAUUCAAGAAUGUGAGCACGAAGAUGAAAGAAGUACCCCAGGUGGUUGUACGGACAAAGGAGUUGUUACUCCGAAGCACCACCCGACGCCUCUCCACCACCAGAACGGUGGCAAACCCAACAACUCUUCCAAGAGUCGGCGGUCGGAAUCUGAAAGUGAUGCCGGAGAUGAUGGUACGGUGUUGUGCAACAAGUGCAGGCCACACGCUAGGGAAAAGAUCUCCGUUGUUCCUUUGGAUCAUAACAAUGGCCUUAACAAGCAAGGCUCGUCCUUCAUGGCAAGCCCCAAUAACAUUUUCAGAUCGAUUAUUUCGUCGAUAACUAGGAAAAGUCCAAGACCGACGGACUCAGCGGCGGCGUCGACGACGGCAAGGGAAGAGCAUUGGAAGAUUGCGGUGGCGGAGCUCUCUCACAAGCUUAUCCAAACUACGAGGAAAAGAGAUGAGGCGCUUUUAGAAGCUUCAAGGCUUAAAUAUUCCAUGGCCGAACUAGAAAAAAAGCUCAACAAGCUCGAAAUCUACUGCCACAAUUUGAAGUCCGGUCUCGACGAAUGCAGCGGAAACUCGCCGUUUCAAAUGGGUAAAACCCAGAAUUCGUAUCAGGCAUCGAAUCGGCAACGAAACCUUUCAGUGGGGCAUAACGACAAACAGGUAGUGGAGAAUUUCUUGGUUUCAGUCUCCGAAGCUCGGAGCUCGGUCAGAGUCCUAAGCCGAUCGUUAACCACGCAACUCCGUCACAUGGGAAGCAAAGUCUACGAGAGAAUUUCAAUACUCCUCCAACCAUACGAGAUCAAAGUCUCUCUCUCAAAAAACCCAAGAACCUUGCUCUGUUAUCUGGAAGCCCUUUUGAACAAAGCCCUCUUCGAAGACUUCGAAUCCAUCGGGUUCCUUAAGAACGCAACCAACCAAGUCUUGAACCCAAUCGAACGCUGCGAUUCUAACUACGCGUCGUUCAACUUGCUAAAGGGUUUGACAUGGGAAGAGGUAUUGAACAAAGGGACGAAGCAUUUCAGCGAGGAAUUCAGUGGUUUCUGCGAUCGGAAAAUGAGCGAGAUCGUAGCGAUGCUGGGUUGGAACAGAGCUUGGCCGGAGCCAUUGUUGCAGGCUUUCUUCGGAGCUUCGAAGAGUGUUUGGUUGGUUCACCUCUUGGCAAACUCUAUGCACCCGAGCUUGCCCAUUUACAGGGUCGAUAAAGGGGUUGGGUUCGAUUCGGUUUACAUGGAAGACAUGGGUGGUGAUAAAGCAAGGAAAUUGGUUCCCUCUGAGGUCCGAAUAAUGGUGGCACCUGGGUUUUAUGUCUAUGGCAAUGUGGUCAAGUGCAAGGUUCUCUGCAGGUACAACAACAAUAGUAACAGCAGCAUUAAUAUCAAUUCCCAGCAGGGUUUAGUUCCUUCACCUUGAAAGAGAUUCAAUUUAUUGAUGGUGAACUUUUUUUUUUUUUUCUUUUAUUAAAAGUUUUAAAAAAAAAAGUUUAGAAGUAUAUUUUGUUUCUAUUUUUUUUUUUUUUUUGGUAUGUAUACUUUUUGUGAAAUUAUCAUUAUUAUGGGUAAAUAUUUGAUUAUGCAUGGUGAUUAUUAAAAAGGGGAUUUCCUUUAGGAUCAAAAGAAUUAAUUUUGGCUUAUAACCAAAAUAAUAAUAAUAAUUUGGCAUUUGGUGAAUUUUGUUUUAUUCACUGUCCCGUCAAUUUCUAAUCUUUAUCAUAUUCUCUUGUUGGUUAAUUGGGGUUUAGGAUAUUGAUUUUGUUGUUUUUUAAGCAGAAGCAACAUGCUGGUUGUUUUUUCAUGGGUCCGAGUGCAUAUACUUCGUAUGGAUAAGAUCCAAAACGAAAGAAAGGGAGCAGAUGCUCCUUCUUGUGAAUGGUUUUUGGAUCUUGUCUGGAUUCUCUUUGCUUUUUUAUCUAGCACAGUGUGUUUCUUAAAUUUUUUUUAUUACUAUUUGAGAAAUGCAGUUCACCAUUUUUAUAA